AUGAAUGUGUAUGCCAACAAAAGCGUACUUAUUAAUAAUUGGUAUGAAGAUAAAUACGGUACAUUACCGUCAAAAAAUGAAAGUAAUUGGGAUUCAACUUAUCAAAGAGAUUAUCGCGAACGAGUUUUACCUAUCCGAGAUAACAGGGUGAUGCGGAAUAUAAGAGAAAGGGCAUCGGGAAUGCCAAUUAAUUUAUUCCGUGAACACGGUGUCCACAACGCCUACAAUAAAAAUUUGAGUUCCCUGUACGAUAUAAAUUGCAUGGCUGUUUACAAUCCACCAUUAUACAGACGUUACAAAUCACGGUCUGAACUCUGGAAACCUGAACAAGAUUUYACAGMAAAUUAUGGACCAGGACGGAAUGAAUUGUUGAAAAAAAAACAGACAUCUUGGAACAAUGUUAUAAAGGAAUCCAUACCUAAUACAGAAUAUCAGUAUAGAUAUAUACAAUUAGAUAGAUGA